AUGGAGCAGCAGACUGGACGGAACUUGGUGAGCAAUUUUGCUUCUAGAGUGGAAUUUCCACACUUUGAGGAAGGAGACCCACGAUCAUGGCUGCGCAAAUGUGAAAGGUAUUUUCAUUACAAUCAUAUCACAAAUCCACAACAGAAAUUAGAAGCAGUUGUCCUACAUCUUAAUGGGAGAGCUGAAUCUUGGUAUUUUUCUUAUCAAUUGAGUAGAGGAAUUGUGAGAUGGUCAGAUUUUAUUGAGGAAAUUUGCAAGAGAUUUAAUGAUUCAGAUAAUAGUAAUUUGAAGUUGCUGGGGGAAUUUAAAAGGGUAGAACAAAAGGGGACUGUCAAUGAGUACCUAGAAAGAUUUGAAGACUUGAAGGUUUGGGUGUUGAUAAAGUAUCCCGCUAUACCUGAAGAAUUCUUUUUAGGGUUCUUUAUUGAAGGUUUAAAAGAGGAGAUUAGACACACUGUAAAGAUGCUUGACCCCUACUCCUUAAGUCAUGCUGUAGAGAAGGCUAUACAUAAGGAGAAUUUGAUUGAAACCAUGGCUAAGAAGAAUAGAUUUAGUGGGGUGAGGAGUGUAGGACAGUAUCAGGGCCCUAACCCAUCAGCAGUGAAUAAGACUAUGGGAAACUCACAAAAGGAAGGUAAUUCUAAUACAGCUCUAACAGGGACUAAGCUGUUUGAAGCUAGAAAGGCCAGGGGUGAAUGCUACAAGUGUGGGGAAAGGUAUUUCCCAGGCCAUGUGUGCAAAAAUAGACAGCUGAAUACAUUAUCUGGGAGUACUGAGCAAGGGGAGGAAAUUAUAGAGGUAAGCACAGAAAGUGAAGUUAUUCAUAAUGAGGUGAUGGAAGAAGUGUUGGAUGAGGCCAUCAGUCUCAAUGCACUUUCAGGGACUAUAACCUCUACUACCAUCAAGCUUAAGGGGUUGUAUGGGAAGAACAUGCUGACUAUACUAGCAGACAGUGGAAGCACCAACGGUUUCAUAGCUAAUGAGACUGCCAAACACCUAGGGUGCCUAGUUAAAGAUGAUGUACCUAUGAGGGUAGUUGUGGCUAAUGGGGGUUACCUGAUGAGUUACCAAUCUUGCCCUCAAUUCAGUUGGAAGACUCAAGGAAUAGAAUUUGAACACAAAUUAAGGGUAUUAGAUAUUGGAGGGUGUGAUGUGGUUCUAGGGGUAGACUGGAUGAGGAAACAUAAUCCUAUUUUGUUUGACUUCAUUGAAUACAAGUUACAAGUGAGUGUAAAGGGAAAAAGAGUUGAUCUCAAGGAAUAUUCUAAAGAAGAGAAGCUCCAUAGCAUGACUGCUAGUGGAGUGAAACAACUUCUGAAGAAGGGAAAGGUACUGUGGGCUCAUUUGUUCACAAUUACUGCUGGAAAUAAUGAAUUACAGGGAAGCAUACCUCAGAUGAUCAAUGGAGUGCUAGGAGAAUUUCCAGAUGUUUUUGAAGAACCAAAGACUUUGCCACCACAAAGGAGCCAUGAUCAUUCCAUUCCUCUCAAAUCUGAUGCAACAGCAGUAAGCAUUAGACCUUACAGGUAUAAUUACUUCCAAAAAAAUGAAAUAGAAAAGCAAAUCAAUGAGAUGUUAAAUAGCGGCAUUAUACAGCCUGGUCAUUCUCCUUUUUCAUCACCUGUAUUACUAGUGAAGAAGAAGGAUGGAAGUUGGAGGUUUUGCAUUGAUUAUAGAGAGUUGAACAGAAUGACUAUAAAGGAUAAAUUUCCUAUUCCUUUAGUAGAUGAUCUGAUGGAUGGACUUAAGGGAUCUUGUAUAUACUCCAAGAUUGAUCUAAGGGCUGGGUAUCACCAAAUUAGGAUGGAGAAGUCUGACAUCUAUAAAACUGCAUUUAGGACACACCUGGGCAUUAUGAGUUCAAAGUUAUGCCUUUUGGCUUAA